AUGGCAUCUCAUCCUCCUGCUGCGUGCUGCACAGUUGCCAGUCUUCAUGAAGGUGAGCCGACUGGCUCUAUAGUCCAGAUUGACAAUAAGACCAAUGGCUAUUUGGCCAAGCCUACAUCUGGUCAAACCAACAAGGCAAUUCUGUAUCUUCCAGACAUCUUUGGAAUAUGGCAGAACAGCAAACUCAUGGCAGAUGCCUUUGCUGGUGAGGGUUACAUCUGUCUCGUACUCGACACCUUUAAUGGUGACCCUGUACCGCUGCAGAUGCCUGAUGGCUUCGAUAUCAUGAAAUGGCUCAACGAGGGAUCUGACGGGAAAAACCCACAUACUACGGAAGCAGUAGACCCAAUUGUUGUAGCUGGUAUCAAUUACCUCAAGAAAAUUGGUGUUGAACAGAUUGCUGCCGUGGGAUACUGUUUAGGUGCCAAGCAUCUAAUUCGCCACUUCAAAAGUGGCAUCGAUGUGGGAUUCAUCGCCCACCCGUCCUUUGUGGAGUCUGAAGAGCUGGCCUCUAUCACUGGACCUCUAUCCAUCGCUGCAGCAGAGCUAGAUGACCUAUUCACCGUGGAAAAACGUCAUGAGAGCGAGAGUAUCCUGUCAAAGUCAAAGCAAGACUUCCAGAUCAAUCUAUUCUCUGGUGUCCAUCAUGGAUUUGCUGUCAAGGGAGAUAUGAGUGACGAGAGACAGUUGUUUGCCAAGGAGCAAGCUUUUAGUCAAGCUGUUACUUGGUUUAAAAGAUUUAUAUAG